GUGCAUUGUCAAAUUGGUUAUUUCCGAAAUCGAUCAAGAGAAAUUAGACUUUAAAGUUUAACCGCUAAGUAGAAGCAAGCAAUGGCGAAAAAGGACAGUAACAUAAUUUUCUAUAUGACCCUGGUUAUAAUAUCCGUAUGUGGCUUUUGCAUUUGGAAUUUCUCUCGCUUUAAUCACGAGGAUGCAAAAUUUAAUAUGAUCCUGGUGGCGUUUUUGGUAGUGACGUUACUACAGAUCCUGGUUUUCACUCCCAUUAAGUUUACGAUAAUGUCUAUCGAUGCCGCUUGCUGGCCAGCUCAGCAAGCCCCUGUGACGCCCGACGAAAAUGCCAGGGUGGAGACCUUCAUGGACAAGGUAAGACUAAGACUUCGGUCGUUGAAGAGUGAGCUGAUGAUCACGGAGAGCCACCGAAAUGAGAAACUGAACUUGAGGUACCGGCUGAUAAAGGAAGAACUCUGGUUAACAGGCAAGCUAUUCCUAUUGUAUUUCAUCAUGUCUUUAGUGUUGUUCGACCAGUUGGAUUACUACAAUAACAAAUUCACGACGGCUCUUUUCGUAAAGGACUAUAAAUAUACGCUCGGAAUGUCGACUUUGGCAACUCUGCCGGAUACAUAUACUUUCCUUGAGCUUUCCCUGAUAGUGGCCUUUACGGACGGAGACUCAGGUGUCGGAUCGCAUUGGAUUCAUGCCGAGCCCGUCCGAAUGCUCGGCGUGGUAAGAUUAAGACAGUUGAGGACAGAGGACAGCCGCGUGGGUCUGAGGGAUCCCGUUUUCACCAACAAGGACUUUAUGGAAGGCUGGAAACUGCCGUAUGAAAGGUUUCCAUACACCAACAAAUACUGGCCGAUCUACACGCCUUGGCUGGGGACGGUUUCCGAUCUUCGGGAUAGCAUAAUCAUGGGCAUCAGUCAUAGUGGGCACUUUAUUAAAUACCCUGAAAUGGCGGGAUACAAAAUACUGCUUUCGGAUACCCGCAACAAAAGUCUGGAAAUAAUGUAUUACUUGAUGGAGAACACAUGGCUGGAUUACAAUACGAGUGCUCUGUUUAUGGACUUCACUCUGUACAAUGCGGAUGCUAACAUUUUCAGUAUAUGCACACUGUGGGUGGAGCAAUUUCCCUUCGGGAACAUCUACGCCCAUUUAGAAAUCGAAAGUCAAAUGUUUGUAGAGCAAAUCCGGGAAAUGUCGAAAUUCGGAAUGAUUAUAUUGUUUUGCAGCGUUGUAGUGUGGCUGCAGUUCACCAAGGUCUUUUUCGUCAAGAUCUGGUUCGAGCCCCGCCUUCUAAAGACCCUAUGGAUCCAGGUGGAUGCCCUAAUUGUGGGGCUUAGUAUUACGACCGUGAUAAUUCUCUCGAUUCGUGAUAACCUGGUCCAGUCCAUGAUCGAACAAAUUGAAAUCUCUGUGAUGGUCGAGUUCAUCGAUUUUCGAGAGCCUGCGCGACUCACGUACUUUUGUGAUGUUUUAGAGGGUUUCUCCAUAGCUCUAGUCACCAUGCGGCUGUGGAAGGUGAUGCAGUUUACCGGCACCUUUCAGCUCUUUAGCAAAACACUUUCCAUGGCUUGGCAAGCACUCAUUUGGACCAUGGUAGUGACCAUCAUAUUCAUCGUCGCCAUUGCCCUUGCCACUGUCACAAUAAAUGGUAACAACAGAGCCAUCUUCAGGGACUUACCUAAGGGCAUUGUAACCGUCACUUCUUUUGCCUUCGGGUAUAAUCAUGUGAUGACUCCGCUAGAUCUUUCCUUCGGGGGAGAGUUUUUGGGAAUAAUAUUAUAUGUCAUAAUGGGAUUUGUGGUCAAGUAUCUGCUGAUCAAUUUGAUUAUUUCCAUGAUGAGGGGACAGAUGGCAAGUGCCAAACAGAGCAGGGAUAGGAAAGUAUUGCAUCGCAUAUCGUUUUGGGAAUUCCUUCGCGUGGAAUAUGCCGACUGCAUAAAUGUUAUCCUGGAAGCGAUCCAUCUUAAAAAGGGCUAUAGGAGCCAUAACCGGACAGUAGCCGAAAACAUCGAACGGAAACUGAAGCAGAAGGAGCGGAUGGAUGAAAUCAAACGGGAACGGCAGGGAAGCGUGAGAAUUAUCGAUCCCAAGGAAGCAGACGAGAAACUGAUCCAAUUGAGAUACAGGGAGCGAAUGGAGCGAACCAUGACUAUGGGCGCGAUUCUGCAAACGCAAAUGGAUCUUAUUGAGAGACUUAUGUUCGGGGAUGCUGAUGGAAAGCUGCCAAGUUUGGACGAGGCUGAGGAGAAUGCUCCCUCGACUUAAACUCAUUACGGGGAAAAAUGAUCAGGAAAGAUAAUUUUAAUUAAAUGUUGACUAAUUAAAAUA